AUGGCUGGAUCGCAGCUCAAGCGCCUCAAGGCCUCUCUGCGCGAGCAGGGAAUAACUGGGCCGCAGCAAUCCAAGAAGCAGAGGCGCAAGGCGGCGCAAGACGGCCAGGCUCGCGGCGAGAAGAAGCUGCCGAGAGGACUUGUCUUGGAUGGCAUCCGUCAGCAAUUCAACCCAUUUGACCUCAAGCACGCCGCCAGAGGGCCCAAGUUUGAGGUCACGACCAACCGCCCGGUCACUGGCGAUGCUGCGAGGGGCAUCAGGGGCCGCCCUGGCCAAGCCAAGGCUGCCGGCGAGGAAAAGCGCCGAGAAACCCUACUGGUCGACAUGCAGCAUCGCCACAAGGUGGGGGGGAUUACCGAUCGACGAUUCGGAGAAAACGACCCAACCAUGGCGCCAGAAGACAAGAUGCUGGAACGAUUUGCUCGAGAGAAACAGAGGAGCCACAAGAAGAGCUCUCUGUUCGAUCUCGAGGACGACGAGCCUUUGGCGGGCGGCCUUACGCACGGGGGCAAAUCCUUGACCUUUGAAGAUGAGGAGCUAGUAGACGACUUCAACGAGGACGAUCUGGACGCCGACUACGACAGCGAUGGCUCAGUCAGAGAGCAGCAGCGUCUCAAGCGCUUGCGCUCCAUGGCCGCCGAAGCAGACGAAGACCAAGAACAAGAAGAGCCGGAGCGCAAAAAGACGAAAAAGGAAGUCAUGGAGGAGGUUAUCGCAAAGUCCAAGAUGCACAAGUACGAGCGACAGGCCGCCAAGGAAGAUGAUGACGACGUGCGCGCCGAGCUCGACAAGCAGCUGCCCAACAUCCAGCUCUUGCUGUCCUCGAGCGCCAAAAACACGAAACGGCAAGGCAACGAGGAGACGCUGGCCACCUCCAUUGCCGGUGCGGACAGAGACGCAUUCGAAAAGGACUAUGACCUGCAGGUGAAGCGGCUGGCCCAAGACAAGCGAGCACAGCCUGCCGAUCGCACCAAGACCGAGGAAGAAAAGGCCGAGGUUGAAUCGAAGAGACUGAAAGAGCUGGAAGACAAGCGGCAGAGGCGCAUGAUGGGUGAAGACGUGUCCGACAGCGACGAGGACGAAGACGACGGCCGAAGAGCUACCGAGCUGGGGUUUGAUGACGAGGACGACUUCAUCAUCGACGACGACUUGGUCGCCAGCGGUUCUGACCUCGAGCCAGUGGAUAGCGACGACGAGUCUGGCGGCGAUGAUGCUGCUGAAUCUGAGGAUGAAGAAGAGGACGAGUUUACCAAGGGGCUAUUGAACGAGGAAGAAGCCAGGAACCCAGCAUUCAAAGCCGGUGCUUCGGACAAGUCUGCGGCACUGCAAUCAGAUGACCUCGGACUCCCUUUUACGUUUCCCUGCCCGCAGACAUGCCAAGAGUUCAUGUCCAUUACGGAGCCGUAUCCCAGCAGCAAUCUCCCGACAAUUGUCCAACGGAUAAGGGCCCUGUACCAUCCCAAGCUCGACAGCAAAAACAAGGAAAAGCUGGCCAAUUUCGCCUUGGCCUUGGUCGACUUUGUGUCGUCUCCUUGGGACAGCAAGUCGCCUCCGUUUCCGGUCUUGGAAAGCAUUGUGCGGCACAUACACUCCCUCGCCAAGAUGUUUCCCGUCGAAAUCUCCAAGCGAUUUAGGCAUCAUAUUGGCGAGAUGGGCCGGACACUCGGGACCAUCUUCCCAACCUCUGAUCACUUUCACCAAGUCGUCACUCCCGCCAUGCUCGCGAUGGGGCGAUAUCUCGGCCAGCGCAUACCGCAGCAACCAUCCGACUACGUCAUUGGGACCUACCUCUCGAUUUUGUCACUGCAAUAUCAGCAAAUGUCGAAGCGUUUUGUGCCCGAGGUAAUCAACUUCUGCCUCAAUACUCUCUGCGCGCUUUCGCCCAUGGCCCCACUCAGCCAGCUGGGUAACUUUCCUCAACAUGAGCCUCCUCCCGGCACUCGCGUCGAGCACGCCAAAGCCAUUGCGCCGAGAAGAUUGCAUCUCGCCGACGGCGUCGCUGCCGAGCACAAGGAGAGACAGGCUGCUGCCAUCAAGGUCGCCGUCCUCAACACGUGCGUGCAGGUGCUCGAGGCGGCCGCGGAUCUGUGGGCUGGAAAGAGUGCCUUUUUGGAGACGUUUGAGCAGCUCUGCGACAAGACGGAGAAGGUCGAGACGAAGCUGGUGCGCAUGCUUGGCCUCGCGCAGCUGUCACGGCGGCCGUUGGAGCUGCACCACCAUCGACCGCUGGCCAUCAAGACGUACAUACCCAAGUUUGAGGAGACGUUCGAUCCCGACAAGCAUUACGAUCCGGACCGCGAGCGCGCCGAGCUGGCUAAGCUCAAGGCGGAGCACAAGAAGGAGCGCAAGGGGGCAAUGAGGGAGCUGAGGAAGGACGCCAACUUCAUGGCGAGGGAGAAGCUGCGGAUCAAGAAGGUCAAGGACGAGGCGUACGAGAAGAAGUACAAGAGGCUCAUCGCGGAGAUUCAGAGCGAGGAGGGGCGGGAGGCGAAUGCGUACGAGAGGGAGAGGGACGCGCGGAAGCGGGCGAGGAACAAGUGA